AGUGGGCUUGCCGCCUCCGCGGGAGCGGCGCGCGCGUUCGUGUCCGCGGUCCCCGGGGCCGCCGGGUUGGCGCCAUGGCCCGGAGCGAGGACAUGUUCGAUGCCAUUGUGAUGGCGGACGAGAGGUUUCGCGGGGAGGGCUACCGGGAAGGCUUCGAGGACGGCAGCAGCCUGGGCGUGCGCGAGGGGAGGCGCCGCGGCGCGGAGCUGGGAGCCAGGAUCGGCUCCGAGAUCGGCUGCUAUGAGGGCUUCGCCCUGGCGUGGAGGCACCUGCUGCGGGGCUGUGCGGCCGAGGACAGGAAGCUGAGAGUCCUGGAGUCGCUGAUCGGCCUGCUGCAGAGGUUCCCCUACGACGACCCCGCCUAUGAGAGGCUCCACGAGGACCUGGACAGGAUCCGGGGGAAGUUCAAGCAGCUUUGCUCGCUACUCAGCGUCCAGCCGGACUUUCAAGUUCCUGGGGAAGGUUCCGGACUCUCAUUUUGAGGGCGACAGACCAACAAAGGAGAACAUCAGGGAACAGAUGUCCAUAUGCCAAGUGCUCGAACAUGUGAUUAAAGGCAAAACAAUGCUGGGACAUUCAUUGUUCCGCAGGGAGGGCUCCAGGCUGGCUGUGACAGGGCCUCCGUCCCCCGAGGCUUCCUCCCCGGGUCGCCUCCACGCCCCCGGGCCUCUGCACGAGGCUGCGCCGGCCGCUGAGCGCUGGCUGCCCGGUCCUCGGGCGCUGGGCGCUGGCCGCAGAGGACCGGGGUGUCCUCGGGUGAGGAAGCACUGGGCGUUUGUUGGGCUGUGCGCCCCACGCGGCACUUGCCCCCUGGCUGCAGGGUGGCGCCUGGAGCUUCCCGGUGCGCAUGGCUGAGGAGAGAGGCCAGCGGAGCCUGCGUGGGCCCCGCCUGCCCCGGCUGGCUCCCCGUGCGGGGAGAGCUUUGCGGUGUUGAAGCCAGGCGGCUGUGCCCCGCAUGCGCUGCUCGUGGGGACCUGGGUUUGGGUUGUGCGUUUCUUCUCCUGGGGGAGCUCGCUGGUGUCUGACCGCGUUCCUGCAGGGAGGUGCGGCGGCUGGAGGAGCUGUCGCGUGUGAGCUUGUCCUCCUGUGGGCCCGCGGGCCAGCUCUUCCCACCGGGUGCUGAAGGCGGCCAAGAGGAGGUGACGCAGGAGGUCGCAGGAGCCGGCUGUGGCUCUGGAUCACCACGUUCGUCUGCAGCGGGGGAGCCGGGCGUGCCGGGAAUGGACGCAGCGUGGUGUUUGGAGGACGAGACUCGGGCUCCGUCCUCCCGUUGUGACCAGCGGUGGCGGGUGUGUGCUCCUCGCCGCUCGUCUUCCCUCGGCGCCGGCUCCUCCCGGCCAGGAUGACCGAGUGGGCAUCCGGGGGCUUUGGCUGAGUUCUGUGGUUAAUCUUGUGUUAUCUAAAUUACCUGUGUUGACGAUGUGUUAGCUUUGUAAUUGGAGAAAAAAUAGAAUAUUUUAAA